AUGAUUGCCGGAGACACCCGACAAUCAGAAGGCUACAGCAUUCAGACUCGAUAUGCUCCGAAAGUGUGGCAAUUGACCGACAAAGCGGUUCUGGCUACGAACGGCUUUGCUGCUGAUGGAAACAAUUUCGUCAAGAGAGUGAAGCAAAGACUGGAGUGGUAUGAGCACGCUCAUCAAAAGCAAAUGAGCAUCAAGUCUAUCGCAAGGAUGAUUCAGACCAUGCUCUAUGGCGAGAGAUUCUUCCCGUACUAUGUGUACAACAUUCUCGGAGGUAUCGAGGAGGACGGUUCCGGUGCCGUGUACUCUUUCGACCCGGUCGGCUCCUACGAACGAGAGGCGUGCAGAGCUGCCGGUGCUGCCCAAUCCCUCAUUCAGCCAUUCCUUGACAAUCAGAUCUAUUUCAAGAACCAACAGCCCGCACCCGGGGCUGGCCCCUUCGUCCCCGGCAAUCUUCCCUUGAGCACCGUCCUUUCCGUCGUUGUCGACUCCUUCUCCUCUGCCACCGAGAGACACAUUGAAGUGGGUGAUGGGCUCGAGAUCUUUGUGGUCAUGGCUGCUGGAAGGUCUACGGACGAUCUCCUCGGAGAAGGUCGAUUGGCGCCGGGAAUGGAAGUGGAAGAGCUGCACCCCCUUGGACAGGGAGGAGGCGAGAGAACGUUUUUGGUCAGGUGCCCUUUGAAGAGAGACUAG